GUGGUACACAAGCCAAAUGCCCUCGCGCUCCUGCAGCUCUACGUCGCGCAAGGCGUCGCGCUGCCAUCCUCAUGGGCAAAGGAUUUCCGCUACGGCAAGAAGGACCUCGCUGAGUUCUACUUCCAACACGCGCCAGAGACAAACAACGUUGUGGCCCCAAGUUUCCCGUUCCAGUACUAUGGCCUGGAUGAAAUCCAGAGAGCGCUAUGGGACGAAGACUUGGACUUGGUCUCGCAGCUCUGGACGCGUCAGCCAGAGCUGCGCCACGACUACUUGCUCGAGGUUGUCGUAUGCAACAACCAGUCGCCCAAAGCCCUUACGCUCCUCCUCGAAGCUGGCGUCGGGCAACCUCGGACUGUCGCUGUCGAGAACAUCCACCGUCGCAGCUUUGAGAUGAUGAAGAUUCUUCUGCCGUUGUGUCUGCCCCCGAACGACCCGAUGGACAACCUCAUCUUCCUCGUCGAGUGGGUGCAUAAGCGGUCCAGCUCCUAUACCAAGUCGCCGCUGCUGCUACUGAAGGCUGAGAUGAUGGCUCAAGCGACGGCGGCCAACUGCCGCUACAUUCACGCCGGCACCGAGAUCGAGGCGCUCACAGAAGCGCUUCUGGAGCGCGGCGCGACCACGUCAGGCAUGCAGCAACGGGCGCUCUUCAAGUCGGGCAUUGCGGACUGGGGCCUCGCGACGCUCUUGGUGCAUUUUCUCUCGGUCGACGCAACCAAGUACGUGGAGAAGCUGCUUGCAUGGCUCAAGAGGGUGACCGAUGGGACCCUCAAAGCGUAUCUGCAGCACGUGCUUGAGGAGGCCGUGACGCCUGACGCCGUCGCUGCCGUCGAGGAGGCCCAUCAAGCCGCUCUGCGCGCCAAGUGGGCGAUGGCUUCCGACUACUAA